CGGAGCGUCCUUACGGCGGCCUGACAGCUGCGAACUGCGGGAGCCUUCAACGCAGGUGAACGCGACAGGGCAGAGGUGGUCGGUGUCUCUGUGGAGAGGAAAGGGUCAAGUGUUGGAGUCCCAGUGGAACCACAAGUCACAGGUUUCUCUACUAAUAGACCUGAGCUUUAGAGUCUUCAGACUCCAGAUGGCAUCAAGAGGAAAUGACAGAGUGACUUGUGCACUAGGAUGAUUUCCAGAUACAAAAGGAAACCAGUAUCACAGACAUCACAAAUCAAUCAGACCCUUACAAAAGCUGCAGAAAAUCAUCCCCAUCCAGACAAAGGAGAAGGGUUUUCCGUCUCUCGUGGCAGUGAACGAUACGAGGCGGCGUCUGACUGUGAAAGCAAAUCAGAUGUUUCCAGAAAUUCUGGAUUACCCAGGAAUGAUACCGAGGAUUCGUGGUCGGAGGUUCAGAGUUGCGCCGGCCUGUCAACGGACAACAGCUCAGUUUUGUCUUGGGGCUUUGAUGAGUUUGACCAGGCUGCCACAAGACAAGUCCAGAAAAUUUUCAAGCAGAUUGAUGAGCUGCUGUAUGAGCAGAAGGCCAGCACACUUGUGGAAGGUCUGCAAGAAGAGUGCCAUCAAUGGAGAGCAUCCUUCCCACAUCUGCGAAUACAUGGCAAGCAGGUAGUGCCCCCUGCAGAUGAUGGAUACAGCUGGCACUCAAGUCAUUCUGAAACUGCUUCUUCCAUACCCUUCGGUGCUACCCAUACAAAGGAGUCCAGUGAGUUAGGUAUUUUCGGCACCAGGUUUUCCCUCUCCACGCCUAGUGACACCACUGCCCCGGUGUCUUUUUCUCUCUGUACUGAAGAAGAUGAGGAUGAAGAUGGUGCGGGGGUAAUCAUGUCAGACGGUACAAUGGAGGAGUAUUUGGCUUUUGACAGCAGAGAUAAGGACGAUGAAUUCUUUGAAUGGAACAGAGCAAUGUCCCUGGACAGCUUGAAGAUGGGGUAUCCCCCAAUUUCCCCACGGUACUGUAAGAAGGAGGCAGUGCUGGCUUGUCUGUUUGAUGAUGUGUGGAAUGAAACCGUGGCGUGUUUGGAGGAGCUCAUUUGUCGCCACUGGGAGGAAUCCAUCACGGAUGACGACAGACAUGAUAUAGCCAUUAAGACCACAACAGUAGAAACGCUCAACCCCUAUGCUCCACUUCAGCGUCUUCCAUUGGUUCUACCUCCGGUCCAUUCCAAAAUCCCCCCCAUCUCCCCUAAUCUGUGUUUCACAUGCAACCACCUCCCCAAGAAUAAAAAGAGCGGAAAAUCUACCCACGCCAAUCGUUCUCAAGUGGGAAGCGUCAUGAAUCAGCGCAACCUGAAUGAUUUAAUGAUGAUUCAUGGGAUACCAUUACAGCAAAGGAAUUUACAUCUGAUGGAGAAAGUUCAAGAUUCAGAUGAUAAAUCACCCAUGAGGCCAAUGUCCGCUGCAUUGAUCUCUGGGAAGCCAAGGCCAGGCCGCUCACUGGAACACAGCUCCUCAUCACUGUCUCACAAUGUUCCUUCUGCUAGAAGACGUAAUCCUCCUCGUACACUCCAUCCCAUCAAUAACAAUCCCUCUAGGUCAGGGACACCAAAGAUGGAAGAAGUCAUCAGAGGAACACGGCUCCAGACUGCCAAUGACCAGCUGCCCUGCUCUCCUGUACCAUUUAACCGAAAUAAUCUUCUGCCACCAAUUGGAACUUCGGAUACAGAAUACCACAACCUGCCGGGAUCACAGAGACAAACUCCAGAUGAUGCCAUGAGGUCCUUUGUCAUUUCUGAACACCCAAAUCCAUUUCGAUACAGAAGAGGUUCUGAAGGAAUAGAUUCCAUUAGUAUUGGAGUAACUGGCAUCGGGUUAAGUAUUGCCAGCUCCUCAGCCAACUCUUUACAAUGGGGCCAAUCCAUAAAUGAGAAGAAAGAGGACAGAGAGGAUCCACCCUCAGGAACCCCACUGCAUUUAAUCAUGAAGUCUCAUAGCAGAGGAGGACCUCUUACCAGAAGCAGACAUGGACUUUAAGAAGUUCAGCCUAUGAGUACAGUGUCAAAGACUAAUGUGUAUGUUUUGUAAUGCAAAGGAUGCCAAAUUUCCACAGCACUGUCGGGCAUUGAUGAUUUGUUGGUUCUAACAUUUGACGAGACCCUCAGCUGGCUAGAACUGGAUGUGUGCUCACAAUUAAAGGGGUUGUCUGGGUUCAGAACUGAACCCGGACCUAACCCAAUUCUUUACUCAUUCAGCAUGAAUUUCAUGCUCUGAUGCUCCCUCUUGCACUGUGCUGCAUCGCGCAGGGCAAGGGCUUUUUCUUUACCUCCAGUGAUGUACCAGGUCUCACUAUGUGUAUGCUAGGCAGAGGCUUCCGCCUAGCAGUGAGCCCAGUGACGUCACCAGUACUAAUGGAUGGUCUUUAAAAAGGGGCUAGGGCAGCGCUAUACCUGCUCUGAACCUGGACAACCCCCUUAGGGCCUUAUUCAGAUGGCCAUGAUGUGGGUGAAUUUUAGAGUCUAUAUUGCAGCUGCAAAUCCUGGCCUAACCAUGGGUUUAAUGAUCAAACUAACAGCCUCAUAGAUCCUUUACCUAAAGGAGAAACAAGGAUCAUAAAAAUUCUACCUGUGGAACGUCCCUUUUUUCACUUUCAUGCCUGUGUGAACUCCUUGCUGCGGUGCCGACCCAUUGACUUGAAUGGGUCCACGAUCCGCAACAGAUAGGACAUGACAUAUCUUUUGCAGUGCAGAGGCAUAGACCUGGAAGGGCUUCGGAGUGUUUCAGUGGGCUUUCAAUCUGUGCCACCGCACAAGAUAGGACAUUUCCUAUUCUUUGUGGUAUGUUGCGGACCCAUUCAAGUCAAUGGAGCAGAGUUCACAUGGCUAGUGCUUGUGUAUUUCAGACUCGCUGUAUACAUCCACAGCACGGAGGCCAUGUUUAUCUGAAUGGGGCUUAAGACUGAUAAUCUGACGUGCCCAUAAGAGUUCUAUUAAACACUAAGGGGGAGAUUUAUUAUCUCACUUGCGCCACUGAAAAGUGGUGUUAAAAAGUUGCAAACUAGGCAUUUGCGACCAUUUAAAAAAAAUUGUCCAUGCACCCUUUAGGGAAAGCUGCGACAGUCACCCCAACAAAUGUGUCUUCAUUUAUGCCAGUUUUAUGUCACAAAUGAAGCCAGAAAUCUAUUGCAGCUCUGAGCAGUCAUAGAUUUCUGUUUAGAGACACAGUUUGCAGGAGGAUGCGCCUUGUCAUAAGUUAGGUGCAUCCUCCAGUGGCGCAGGAGAUAAAGACUGGCGCAGAAAGUGCUGGUCUUGACUUCGGAUGAAACAUGCGAAGUCGAUUCGUAUAAUACACUUGGAACCGAACCAGAGUUUGGGAAAUGUAGUAAUUAAUUUAUGAAGUUAAUAUGCAAAGUUUUGCAAGACUUCGCAAAGUAAUACAUUCUAAUACUGUAAAGAGCACUCGCUCCGUACAGUAUU